AUGAAAGAAGAGUGUCACAGUACCAGCACGAAUAAGGAGACGAUCAGAUAUGCUCAGCGCGUGCUGGCGCGGACGAAGCAUACAUGCGGCUUCUGCUUCGUUGUGUCAUUGCUAGGGUACCUGCCUGCAUGGUCGCAGACGGUGCACACCAUCCGCAGAUGCCCUAUGGCUGAAAAAUAUGACCGCGGAUGUGGAGGUUACUACAGAUUCACGAACAGCAUUCGACACAAUCCAGCACAGAGGCCCCUGGUAUGCCCGAAGUGCCAUUUCCCUAGUCUAGGAAAGGGAGUCCUGCAUGGCGACUACGAGGGAUCAGAUCACCCUCACCGCAAUCUGGUGGGGCCGAUGCUUUGGGCGGUAUAUUAUGUGGAUGCGGAUCUUUGUCGAGCGGCAAGGACUGAUCUGAAUGUUGAUGCCAGCGGCCAUAGUUGGGAUAGUGCCGAGUCAAUGGGUGCAUGGAUGGCUGAUCGAGAUGCUACGGUGUUCCCAUGCAGUGCUGUUGCACUCUUAGUAUUUAUAAGUCAACAUUUUGAUAUUCACUAA